AUGGAACUGGGACCGAUCCUCGGUGUAUUUCCCGAAAUGGACGCCGUGGACACGUUGAAGGAGGAGCCUGAAUGGUUGCAAAAAGUUCUGAACGUGGAAUUAUUGAAUGCUGUCAAAUUUCUGACAACUAGUCAAGCGUUGUCAAGUUGCUCGGAAAGCAAAGAUGUGCACGGGAGAAUAGUGAACUUGGGAGAAGCGAAUUUGAUGCUGAAAAUCGUGUCAACCCUUGCUGAGGCUGGGUUUGACGAAGACGAGAUCGGGGUCAUCACGCCAUUCAGAGCCCAGGUGAAUCUGCUGAAACAGGCCCUGAGGGAGUCGGAUUUGACCCGGGUCGAGGUCAACACUGUGGACCAGUACCAGGGCAGAGACAAGAGCGUCGUUAUUUAUUCCUGCGUUCGCACGUCUGCCGAUGUUUCCACGAGGGAUAUUUUGAACGACGAGAGAAGAUUGAACGUCGCCAUCAGCAGAGCGAAGAACAAGUUGAUUUUGCUGGGGAACCACGUUUCUUUGCGAAUAUUCAAGCCAUUCGCUGCGCUUCUCGACAUUUUGAGAAGCGAUCAAAUUGUGGAGUACAAGGAUUGA